CUCGAAGGCCAACCAGAGGAAUCCAAAUAUACACACACAACAUACACGCUGCGGCGGCGUGAGGAGCUGUUCCUUCGAUGCACAGGAUAUUGCGGGGAAGCUGAGCUGGUGUGGUGUGCUCGUGUAUUGAGGAGUUGUAAAGUUUGGACUAAGUGUUAGAAAAUGAGUGGUAGAAGCAGGAGCAGGAGCCGUAGUUGGAGUAGAAGCCGGAGCAGGAGCCCGAGAGGUCACAGGAUUCGCAAUGAGCGGACCUCUUAUGAUACUCGUCACAGGAGGGAGGGACGUCAGGGUUUCAGCCAAAACAACUUGUGUAACAACUGCAGGCGGCCAGGCCACUUUGCCAGAGAAUGCCCUAAUGUGGCUGUCUGCAAGAACUGUGGCCUUCCCGGGCACUAUGCAGCGGAAUGCAAUUCAGAGGCUCUUUGCUGGAACUGCCGCGAACCCGGGCACACGGCCAAUUUCUGCCCUAACGAGGGCGUCUGCCACACGUGCGGAAAGCCCGGCCACCGCGCUAGGGACUGCUCGAAUUCCGAGACUGUGGACCCCACGGACCAGAAGCUCUGCAACAACUGUUUCAAGCCUGGCCAUUUCGCGGCCGAAUGCACUAACGACAUGGCCUGCAAGAACUGCAGGAAAACGGGCCACAAGGCCCGCGACUGCCAGGACGACCCAGUCUGCAACACGUGCAACGUGGUGGGCCACAGGGCCAAGCAAUGCCCUAAGGCCAACAACGGUGGGGCCCGUUUUGGUGGCGGUGGGGCCCGUUUUGGAGGUGGGGCCCGUUUUGGUGGCGGCGGAUACCAAAGGGAUGUCAUGUGCAGGAGUUGCAAUCAGUAUGGCCACAUGAGUAGGGAUUGUAUGGAGUUGAUUACGUGCAGGAAUUGUGGGGGGAGAGGACACAUGGCGUAUGAGUGUCCGUCUGGGAGGACUGUUGACCGAUUUCCACGCAGGUAUUGAAAGUUGAAACUUUUACCGGCUUUUUUGGGUGGUGUUGAGAUAUCGGGAGCCUGAUAUAAUAAUGUUUCUAACUGAACUGGCAAUAUUAUGAUUUUGGUGCUUUUUGGGAGUAAUUUGAGUGUGUUGGUGAUUUUCGGUUAUGCUGUUAUGCGAAAGCGGCAGACUACAUUUGUCGUGUGAGAUUUGUUUUGAAGUGACUUGAAGUAGUAGUACUUGUUUUUUUGUGUGAGACUUUGAAUGGAUUAGUUGGUUUUGUCCUUGGUCUUUUUGGAGCUUUUGAUGAUUUGGGUUGUGGGAGAUUUGUUGAAGAUUGAAACGAUUCUGUUUCUGAGGAACAUUUUUUCUCAUUUGCUACAAUACAACAAGUAAUUGUGUGUUUCUUUUAUAUUCUUUUCCUUUUUUUUUGAUGAAUCUACUCGAUUUUUAUUUUUAUUUUUAAUUCCUAAUUUGAAAUGCAAUGACAUGUUUGUACCA